UUUUCGCCAACUGCUUGUUGCAACACACUGAGUUUCGACAGAGUGAGGAUCACUUGUGAUGACCAUUUCGCGCCAUGGACAUCUUCAAAAUCCUUUCACGAUCGUCUAAGGCCACGCAACCUAGCGCAACGCAGAAGCUUCCGUCCUCUGGCGCUGUCGCAAAUCCACAACUUUUUGGGCACACUGAACCACGCACAACUCAGCAACAAUCGAAGAAAAGCCGAAAACGCAAGCGCCUACAUAACAGCGAGACCCCCGUCGAUAUCUCUCUCACGGCAGAUGUGGACUUCUUCGGCGGCGCAUUCAGUGGUGGGGCCGGCAAACCGAGUGAGGAUACGGCAACUUUGCAAAAGCUGAGCGACAGCAGGUCGGUGGAUGAGCCCUCUAAGGAGAACUUGGGGCAGCAAGAGGAGGACAUAUACAAUGAGGAUGAAUCCAAGCGUAUUCUUCGAUCUCACAAAUUGAAGAUCGCGGUCCUAGAGGAUUUUGCGCCUCCAAUUGAGGAAGAGCAUGGCAAAGAAAGCUCGAAAUCCAAGAAGCGGAAAAAGAAUAAAGAGAAGCCACAGAAGCCCCAGAAGACUGGUAAAACACAAUUUUAUCCGCAACCUUUGACCUCUUUCUCUCAGUUGAGGAGUCGAUAUACGAUAGCAAGACGGCUGGCAGAGAACAUCGCUGAGCAAGGAUACAAGCUACCUACUGAGGUGCAAUUGGGGGCUUUACCACUGCUGUUAAAUGACAAAAAUACCAGCACAGAACAAGAAAGCGAGCAAGGCCGGACACGGCCGUUGGAUGUCACCAAGGGAAUAGAUCUUUUGACAGUCGCUCCAACAGGCAGUGGGAAGACAAUUGCGUUCCUGAUACCCAUUAUCAACUCUCUGUUGUCUCAGGGAGAGACGGAACAUGAACCAAGCGAUGGGCCCCGCGCCUUGGUGCUUGCGCCGACGAAGGAACUCGCAUCUCAAAUCGUCAACGAAGCACGCAAGCUAUCGAAGGGAACCCGCGUCAAGGCUACGCUGAUGAAGAAGGGUGUUGAGGUGGUGGAAAGGCCCAUUAAUAAUCCGAAAGAGACUGCAGAUUUGUCAGAAGGGUCCGAUGAGGAAGGGGCGGAGAGCGAAUCCGAUGUUGAGAAAGCAGAGGCCGUUGUAACGCAACCGAAAGCCAAGACGAGGCGAGCAGAAAGAGUAAAGGCUGCCAUUCUCGUCGCGACGCCCCUGGCCCUACUCAAUGCUCUGAAACAGCAAGAUGGCAGUACCGCGGAGUUGCUCAAUGUCCGCACCUUGGUCCUCGAUGAGGCUGAUGUACUUCUUGAUCCCUUGUUCCGUGAACAAGUUCUAGCCAUCUGGAACGCGUGUAGCCACCCAUCCUUGAGGGUAGGCCUUUGGUCUGCGACCAUGGGCUCUAACAUCGAGUCACUUGUUGUUGAGACCCUCAACAAACGUUGGAAGAACAUCAUCACCAAGCACCCCCAACACCCUCGGAGUCCACUAAUUCGACUUGUCGUCGGCCUCAAAGACACAGCUAUACCGAACAUCACCCACAAACUUGUAUAUGCUGCGACCGAGCAAGGUAAACUUCUUGGUCUACGGCAGCUACUGCAUCCUACCGCGACACCCUCUACAGAAGCCGGAUCAUCUCUUCGUCCGCCUUUCCUUGUCUUCACGCAGACUAUCCCCAGAGCAAUCGCCCUACACUCCGAAUUACGCUACGAUAUUCCCCCAGAAGCAGGCGGUAGCUCUCGGAUUGCCGUACUGCAUGCAGAUUUAUCCUCUUCGGCGCGCGAGAGCAUCAUGACGCGCUUUCGACGUGGUGAAGUCUGGGUACUCAUCACGACGGAUCUUCUUGCCCGAGGUGUCGACUUCCGUGGCCUCAACGGCGUCGUGAACUACGAUGUGCCCAACUCCGCCGCCGCGUACGUUCACCGUGUAGGACGAACUGGCCGUGCUGGCCGUGAAGGCGGCAUCGCUGUUACAUACUACACCCAGGAAGACAUUCCCUACGUGAAAAAUGUUGCGAAUGUCAUCCGAGCGAGCGAGGCGCUGCGAGGAAAGGGCGAAGGUGAAGCGACUAUUCAGCAGUGGCUUCUGGAUGCGCUGCCCACGCCUAGCAAACGGGACAAGCAGCAGUUGAAGAAACGCGGUAUCGAGGCAAGACGUGCGGUCAAAGACAGCAAGGGCAGAGGGUCGAUGAGGAUCAGUACCAAGAGCGGCUACGAAAGACGCGCAAUCAACAACCUUAGGGGUGCAAAAGAAGCAAGUAAACGGCGAGAACAGCUUCAGCAGAUUGAGCCCGCCGCGGCUGGCAGUGAAAGCGAGUUUGACGGAUUCGGCGACGAUCAAGCAUAGCAUCACAAAUGUAUAUUGUAAAGAUACCAUAAUCAUAAAAGCAUUUGAAAGAGAUCAAAC